AUGAUUAUCUGUGCCAACCCAAAACCGUCUGACUUUGAAGAAAAUCUGAAUGUCUUAGCCUUUGCUGAAGAAUCGCAAGCUGUUCGAGUUGCGCGUGCAGACGAUCGCUUAGAAAUCGGUGAUGGUCCUCGACCACCAGUGCCUCGUCGAUUCUUUUCUCGCUGGAAUAUUGAAGUCGAUAAUAUUGUCAGUCCAUCGUCGUUAUUACCAUCACACAACAGGCUUUUCACGGAGUUCUUCAUAAGGGAUUAUAACGACUCCCUAUCCAUUUCGAAUCUGAAGGAACGUUGCCUUGCUUUAUCACAGCUAACUUCCUCCGAAAAUCAUGACAUGGGAGUUGAACUUCACAAUGGUGAGAUAACCUUGCGAAACGCGUUGUGCGUGGCUGAUUACGCCAAGAUGGAAAUGGAUGAACUACGCGCACGCAUAGAAAAAGACGCUGAACAGAUAGCCUCGUACUCUGCUGAAAAUAAGAGGCUCAAGAGAGAAUUGUUGUCUCUACGUGAACGUCUUUCGCGGUAUGAAGUUCAAGACGAAGAAAUCAUCACGGCCGAAGAGAAUUUGCGGCGAAGUGUCAAAGAGGAACGUUCUCGUGCUAGAAAACAGGAUCAAAAGUUGAAAGUGCUUCUUCCAGUUCACAAUGGUGAGAUAACCUUGCGAAACGCGUUGUGCGUGGCUGAUUACGCCAAGAUGGAAAUGGAUGAACUACGCGCACGCAUAGAAAAAGACGCUGAACAGAUAGCCUCGUACUCUGCUGAAAAUAAGAGGCUCAAGAGAGAAUUGUUGUCUCUACGUGAACGUCUUUCGCGGUAUGAAGUUCAAGACGAGGAAAUCAUCACGGCCGAAGAGAAUUUGCGGCGAAGUGUCAAAGAGGAACGUUCUCGUGCUAGAAGACAGGAUCAAAAGUUGAAAGUGAUCCAAGAUAUUUGUGAUGCUCCCUCACCUUCGUUCGCUCAGAUAAGAAGCAAAUUUUCAAUGGGAGGCGAGACGCCUUCUUCGGCUGCGACAUCACAACAUCGCGCCCUAGCUGCUUCAGUGAGCAAUCAGGCCGCAAGUUCUUCACGACAACCGCGCUCACGCCAGGUUGAGCCAGGAACGCCAGCGUCUGGCCCGGGCUUCUUCAAUCCCAAAUAUCACAGGAGAUCGAAAUCGGCUCCAAGGGUUCUUGAUCACCAACCGACGAAUCGCGUUCCAACCGGAGGGAUCCUUCGUGCCAAAAUUCCAAGCAAUGCCAGACAUGUGACGAAACCUGAGGCUCACCAGCUUCAAAAAUCGAGCGACUAUAUUUUAACCCAUCAAGAGGUAGAUCGAGAAGGAAACAUCAGCACAAGCGUCGUCAAGAAGGAACUCCGGAUUCAUGUGGAGUCAAUAAAAUCUCCAGAACGAGCUUCAGUCGACACUACGAAUGCGGAUACGUUCUCGAGUAUCGAGUCAGAAGUCGUCUACGAACUAUGA